AAUUUUUAUUUGUUUUUGCUUAGAUGGACAAUACCAAUUUUGAAAAAGGGUUACAGACGACGGUUGGAGCUGUCAGAUAUUUAUCAAAUCCCUUCUGCAGAUUCUGCUGAUAAUCUUUCUGAAAAACUAGAAAGAGAGUGGGACAGAGAGCUGGCAACCUCAAAGAAAAAACCCAAACUUAUUAAUGCUCUUCGACGAUGCUUUUUCUGGAAAUUUAUGUGGUAUGGAAUAAUGUUAUAUUUAGGGGAAGUCACCAAAUCUGUGCAGCCUCUUCUGCUGGGAAGAAUAAUAGCUUCCUAUGAUCCGGACAACUCCAUGGAAAGAUCCAUAGCCUACUACCUGGGCAUUGGCUUGUGCCUUCUCUUCGUUGUGAGAACACUACUCAUACACCCUGCUGUAUUUGGUCUUCAUCAUAUAGGAAUGCAAAUGAGGAUAGCUAUGUUUAGCUUGAUUUAUAAGAAGAUCUUAAAACUGUCAAGCAGAGUUCUAGAUAAAAUAAGUACUGGACAAUUGGUCAGUCUUCUUUCCAACAAUCUGAACAAAUUUGAUGAGGGUCUUGCUCUGGCUCAUUUUGUAUGGAUUGCACCUUUACAAGUGGUACUGCUGAUGGGACUGCUCUGGGAUAUGUUAGAAGCAUCUGCAUUUUGUGGACUUGCUUUGCUAAUAGUCCUGGCCUUUUUCCAAGUCUGGCUGGGACAAAUGAUGAUGAAAUACAGGAAUAAGAGGGCAGGAAAGAUCAAUGAGAGACUUGUCAUCACCUCAGAAAUAAUUGAAAAUAUACAGUCAGUGAAAGCCUAUUGUUGGGAAGAUGCAAUGGAAAAAAUGAUUGAAAGCAUCCGUGAAACUGAAUUGAAGCUAACCCGAAAAGCUGCUUAUGUGAGAUAUUUCAACAGCUCAGCCUUCUUCUUUUCAGGCUUUUUUGUGGUGUUUUUAGCUGUGCUUCCAUAUGCUCUAAUUAAAGGAAUUAUUCUCCGAAAAAUAUUUACCACCAUUUCCUUCUGCAUUGUUCUUCGAAUGGCAGUGACCAGGCAGUUUCCUGGGUCUCUACAGACCUGGUAUGACUCUAUUGGAGCAAUAAACAAAAUACAGGAUUUCUUACUGAAAAAAGAAUAUAAAGCCUUGGAGUAUAAUCUAACAACCACUGGGCUUGAGCUGGACAAAGUAACAGCUUUUUGGGAUGAGGGAAUUGGAGAGCUCUUUAUAAAAGCAAACCAGGAAAACAACAACAGCAAAGCUCCUAGCACUGACAACAAUCUCUUCUUCAGUAAUUUUCCCCUUCAUGCCUCUCCUGUUCUUCAGGAUAUAAAUUUCAAGAUUGAGAAGGGACAGUUACUAGCUGUUUCUGGAUCUACUGGAGCAGGCAAGACUUCUCUUCUGAUGCUGAUCAUGGGAGAAUUGGAGCCUUCACGGGGUAAAAUUAAACACAGUGGAAGAAUAUCCUUUUCACCUCAAGUCUCUUGGAUCAUGCCUGGAACAAUAAAAGAAAACAUAAUUUUUGGUGUAUCCUACGAUGAAUACCGAUACAAGAGUGUCAUCAAAGCCUGCCAGCUAGAAGAGGACAUUUCCAAGUUCCCAGACAAAGACUAUACAGUGCUGGGCGAAGGUGGAAUCAUUCUGAGUGGAGGCCAGCGAGCGCGAAUCUCACUAGCAAGAGCAGUGUACAAAGAUGCUGAUUUGUAUCUCCUGGAUUCUCCCUUUGGACAUUUAGACAUUUUUACAGAAAAAGAGAUAUUUGAAAGCUGUGUAUGCAAGUUGAUGGCGAAUAAAACUAGGAUCUUGGUUACUUCAAAACUGGAACAUUUAAAGAUUGCUGACAAAAUAUUAAUUUUACAUGAGGGGAGCUGCUAUUUCUAUGGAACAUUUUCUGAACUUCAGGGUCAACGGCCAGACUUCAGCUCAGAGCUGAUGGGAUUUGAUUCUUUUGAUCAGUUCAGUGCAGAGAGAAGAGAUUCAAUUCUAACUGAGACUCUCCGACGAUUUUCGAUUGAAGGAGAAGGCAUGGGAUCACAAAAUGAAGUAAAGAAGCAAUCUUUUAAACAAACGUCAGAUUUUAAUGACAAAAGGAAGAACUCCAUAAUUAUUAACCCCCUUAAUGCAGGUAGGAAGUUCUCAGUAGUGCAGAAGAACGGAAUGCUGGUCAAUGGGAUAGAAGAUAGCCACAAUGACCUGCCAGAAAGGAGGCUGUCGCUGAUACCUGACAUGGAACAGGGAGAUGUCGGUCUGCUUCGAGGUAACAUGAUAAACACUGACCAUAUGCUGCAAGGUCAGAGGAGGCGGCAAUCUGUUUUAAACCUGAUGACGAGCACCUCUGUGAACUAUGGACCAAAUUUUUCCAAAAAGGGAAGUACAACAUUUCGGAAAAUGUCUAUGGUGCCUCAGACAAACCUGUCUUCUGAGAUAGAUAUCUACACCAGGCGCUUGUCGCGAGACAGUGUCUUGGACAUAACUGAUGAAAUCAAUGAAGAGGAUUUGAAGGAGUGCUUUACUGAUGAUGCUGAAGGCAUGGGUACUGUUGCCACAUGGAAUACCUAUUUCAGAUAUGUUACCAUCCACAAAAACUUGAUUUUUGUUCUAAUUUUGUGUGUGACUGUCUUCUUACUUGAGGUAGCUGCUUCUGUUGCUGGGUUAAUGCUUCUUACAGAAACAGCUUUGAAUGCAAAUGAAACACAAUCAGAUAACAGUACCUUUGACAGACCUGCUGUGAUUGUCACUGACACUAGCAGCUACUACAUCAUUUAUAUCUACGUGGGAGUGGCAGAUACCCUACUUGCCAUGGGAUUCUUCAGAGGUUUGCCCCUCGUGCAUACGCUUAUAACAGUGUCUAAAACUCUUCAUCAAAAGAUGGUACAUGCUGUUCUUCAUGCACCUAUGUCAACAUUCAACUCUUGGAAAGCAGGUGGUAUACUUAACAGAUUCUCAAAAGAUACGGCAGUACUGGAUGACUUGCUUCCACUUACAGUAUUUGACUUCGUUCAGUUAAUACUGAUUGUGAUUGGCGCUAUAACAGUAGUCUCAAUAUUGGAACCCUACAUCUUCCUGGCAUCAGUGCCUGUGAUAGCAACCUUUAUUGUGUUAAGGGCAUACUUCCUCCACACUUCUCAGCAGCUGAAACAACUGGAAUCUGAAGCUCGGAGUCCGAUCUUCACCCAUCUUGUUACAAGCUUAAAAGGGCUGUGGACACUGAGGGCUUUUGGGCGGCAGCCGUAUUUUGAGACCUUGUUUCACAAAGCCCUGAACCUACACACGGCAAACUGGUUCCUCUACCUGUCAACACUGCGCUGGUUCCAGAUGAGGAUAGAAAUGAUUUUUGUUCUCUUUUUUGUUGCUGUGGCGUUCAUCUCUAUCAUAACUACAGGUAAUGGACCAGGUAAACUUGGCAUUAUUCUUACUUUAGCUAUGAACAUCAUGGGAACCUUGCAGUGGGCAGUAAACUCAAGCAUAGAUGUGGAUAGUUUGAUGCGGUCUGUCGGACGAAUAUUUAAAUUCAUUGACAUGCCAACAGAAGAGACGAGAAACAUUAAGCCACAGAAGAAUGACCAGCUGUCAGAUUCCCUUGUAAUUGAAAACAAGCAUGCAAAGGAAGAGAAGGACUGGCCAUCUGGGGGCCAAAUGACUGUGAAGGACCUUACAGCCAAAUAUGGUGAAGGAGGAGCUGCUGUGUUAGAAAAUAUUUCGUUUUCAAUAAGUUCAGGGCAGAGGGUAGGUCUUUUGGGAAGAACUGGUUCAGGAAAAAGCACUUUACUUUUUGCAUUUUUAAGACUGCUGGAUACAAAAGGGGAUAUCCAGAUUGAUGGAGUCUCCUGGAACACUGUCAGUGUGCAGCAAUGGAGAAAGGCAUUUGGAGUGAUUCCUCAGAAAGUGUUCAUAUUUUCUGGAACUUUUCGGAUGAAUUUGGAUCCUUAUGGGCAGUGGAAUGAUGAAGAAAUAUGGAAAGUUGCAGAGGAGGUUGGGCUGAAGUCUGUAAUUGAGCAAUUUCCAGGCCAGCUAGAUUUCGUUCUUGUGGAUGGAGGCUGCGUCCUCAGUCAUGGCCACAAACAGCUGAUGUGCCUUGCCCGGUCAGUUCUCAGCAAAGCUAAAAUCUUGCUGCUCGAUGAACCAAGUGCUCACCUGGACCCUGUAACCUCCCGAGUGAUCAGGAAGACCCUGAAGCAUGCGUUUGCCAACUGCACAGUGAUACUCUCUGAGCACAGGCUGGAGGCGAUGCUGGAGUGCCAGCGAUUUUUGGUAAUCGAGGACAGUAAAUUGCGGCAGUAUGAAUCCAUUCAGAAGCUGCUGAAUGAAAAGAGCUCCUUCAGGCAAGCCAUCAGCCACGCCGAGCGCCUGAAGCUGCUCCCGGUGCACCACAGAAACUCCAGCAAACGCAAAGCUCGACCCCAGAUCACUGCUUUGCAGGAGGAGACAGAGGAAGAAGUGCAGGAGACGAGGCUGUGA